ACUACUUUGAAGACAAACUUGUGUUUACAAGUUACAAGAAUAUUUUCCUUUAUGUUGUUCUAUACGACAAAUAGACGAUGAAGUGUGUUAUACCAGGGAUCAAUAUAAAGGUGUUUGGAAGAGCAAUUCAUUCCCUAGCAAAGAUUGGAGAAGAAUUAUAUGUAGAACCAAGUUCAAAGGGUGUUGCCUUUCGAACUGUCAAUUCCUCUCGCUCGGCAUUUGCAUCGUACACAUUCAGCUCAGGCUUCUUCUCACAAUAUGAUGAUGGAUCUCUCAACCAAGAAAAGGAUGCUGGGGAGGAAACGGUCAAAUGCAAAGUUGCCAUGAAGGCAUGCUUAAAUGUCUUCAAGUCACUGGCUACAUUAGAGCGCACUGUUGAACGAUGUAAAAUUACCUUGGAUGGUGAAGAGGACAAGCUAGGAAUCCAACUCAACUGCCGACAUGGAAUCAACAAAACCUACAAUCUCUCUUUCAUUGAGUGUGAGACCCUUCAGGCUGUAUUUGACAGAGAGUCUUGCCCAAACUACAUCCAGAGCCAGUCACGAGUAUUAAGUGAUGCUGUUCUGAAUUUCCAGCUCAAUCAGGAUGAAGUUACACUCUGUGUUUCACCUGAGAAGAUCAUUAUUAGGAACUAUGUCGAAGAUGAACCAGAUCCUGCAAAGGCCAUUCACACUGUCCUUACUCUUGAGGCUGGUGAGUUUGACAGGUACAAUAUCACAGGUGAAGGUGAGGUAACCUUCUGCCUGAAGGAGUUCAGAGCCGUUCUCACCUUCGCCGAACCGGUUAAUCUACCUGUUACAUGCCACUUCUCAAAUCCUGGGAGCCCUAUCAUCUCACUGUGGACAACAGAC